UGAACGUUGUGACGGCGCGUCGCAACGGCAACGAGCGUCGGGAUGCUUUUCACACGGUGGGCGUACCGAAUACAAUAUUUUUGACAAUAUAAUUUUCUGUCUCUAUCGCUCUCAUAUAAUCGUGUUAUUUUCGUCGCCGUUCUGAGGCUGCUUAGUGCCAAAAUUUGGUUUUUGUUCCGAUUUUUUCAAAACUUAAGCUGUUUGCGAAUUUUUCCAGACGUUUUAUGAACUUUUAUCAAUAGUAGGAGCUGUUGUUUAUGAGCCAGGAUGCCACAAGGUCCUAAGCCUAGUCCUUUGAUGAAGCCCUUCGUGGUUUUAGCACUUCCUGGAAUGUACUUGUUUUACAAGUACAAUCAAUAUAAAAGAAAACGGAAGGAAAAUGCCACUAGACGUCUUGCCGAGCGCGAGUUACUUCAUUUAAACAAUAAAAUCGAAAAGCUACUCAGCAAACUGGAUGAAACAGAACCGGAACUGGCGACGUGUCAAGAAGAAGAGUGUGUAAUAUGCAUAAACGCCAAAGCGACAAUGCAAACAUCUCCUUGUGGACAUCAAGUUGUCUGCAGAAAAUGCUUCGUGAAAACGAUCCAAAUAGCCGUUUCCCAGAGACUUCUUCCUUUGAGAUGCGUCAUAUGCAGAGCGAAAAUUCUUAGGCUCAAGACUGGACCUAUUCUUCCAACAUCGGCGAGUGGUUAUUCGAUGACAUCUAGAGCAUCAUCAGUACCACAAUCAGAUAGUUUGUACAGCGUUAGUAGUGGAGGAUCAUCCAUAUCUUCCACGUCAAGUUCUUCCAAUGGUAGCAAAGGAGAAGUUCCAUGCUGCGGAGGCAGAUGUUUGGGAGCUUAUCCUCGUCAACCAGUUACUGGAGCGAUUAAACGUUCCCAGCAACACGCGAUGAAAAUCAGAAUACAAGAUUACUGCAGGCCUGAAAAAACACACGUGAAUCGAUUACCGCCAAUUAGGGAGCUACCAGGACAAAGCCCUCUGCAUAAUGUACCACCAGCUUCUACCAGAAUUAGGUGCGCCCAGAAGAUUGUCACCCAGCUAGAGCUGCCUUUGAUGAAGAAAGGUUACAAAUACGAGAAACUACCCCAAGAAGAGGAAGAAGAAGAAAUUGUAGUUAAUACGAAACCGAUAGAAAAAGAUAGAAGAUGGUGGCGUGAUAGAACAAAAAGCGAGGAAAGGAUCGACAACAAAAAAAAUGAAAUAGUUGAAAAACAGAUGGAAAUGAAGGAAAAGAAGAUUAAAGGAGAUAAAACUAACGAUAAAAAAACGAAUGAAGAUAAAUUCUAAAUGGGAUAUUAUGAUAUUUUCGAGAAGUUUUAAAAUAUUAGAGUUAAAAAAAAAUUAUAUCAAAUUCAUCCUGUUAUUGUCAAUUAGAUUUUUAACAGUCAAUAAUUAAUAAAUAACAAGUUUUAAAAACAAAUAUUUUUCAAUAUUUUGAAUCGUAUUCUAAUAAAGAAAGAAGAAGAAGUUGGUUAUUAAGAACCCAAGCAGCACAGUGUCGUUACUAUGACGUCAAUUAUAGGCCAUUGGCGACCAAUGGGGACGUCUAAAAAGACGUCUAAAAUGACGUGAUUAUGACGGGUUAAUGUCACAUCCUACAGACGUCAACUAAUGACGUACCUAGUCCGGCUGGUGAGACGUCAAAAUGACGUACUUACUUUUGACAAAUGACGUAUAAGUAGGAUCAAAAAUAUAAAAAAAUGCGUUCAAAUUAAUACGUUUAUUACAAAAUCUUAAAAAACUACAUACUAUUACACUUAUAGAACAUAAAAGUUGAAAUAAGGAAUUACUAAUGAUGCAAUAAUGAAAAUGACAACCAUUCCUGCUUGAAAGGAAAAACAAUACAUUUCGAAAAAACUUUGUGGCAGUGCAAUAACUCGAUAUACUCUGAUAAAUUUUGUAUAAAUUCUUUUGAGUCGACAGGGUAUUUGUAAAAUGAACGGUAAUCCUGAAACCUCCUACCUAAUAUAAAAACUGCUCCAUUAUUAUCCACUACAUUUUCUAUUUUGAAAACCAGUCCUUCUAAGGUAAGACAAAAACAAUUUGCUUCUGAAUAUGAUGCAAUAGAAAAAAUAAAAUCUUUAUAAUGAAGCUUUUUAUACUGCUUGCAAGAGAAAUUUGGCGUUGGUCCUAAGAAAUGGGACAAUUCACAUUUACAGAAGUGUUCAUCAUCAGGUGAAGUAGAGUCAUGUUUUUCGUACACUGUCAUUUCAAUUUCUUUUAAGCGUCUAUUAAUCUGUUGUAACGGUUUAUUCGGAGACUGAACUAACGAUUUUAAAUGGUGGAGAUAAUGCAAGAGAUGAGUAACUACUGUACGUCGAACGUACCUUGAAGCUGCCCAGUUUGACAAUUUCGAAUGCAAAUCGCUAGGCGGCGGUUCAUUAGAAAAUAAAUCGUUAGGGGGCACGUUACUGGAAUAGGAAGUCAAAUGGUUGUAUAACGUCGCAUCAUUGAAGAGCAAAUUUUCAUUAGGCGAGUUUACAUUAAAAUCUAAAUCUCUUGAGGAACAGGUGUCAUUUUCACUUUCACACAUUGAACCAGCAAAAAAAACGGAAUUUGAUGAUUCAUUGGAAUCAUUAUUAACUAUUAAAGAUGUAUUAUAACAAUUCUGACUCACAGGUGCUAAAUUUGCUUCUGCCAUCCUUCUGUAGAGUUGUCUUUGACUAACAACACUUUUUUUCUUACGGGUUGCCAUGCUGCUGCUUUUUCAAUUUCUCUGGUGCAUGUUUCAACCACACCUUGAUGGUAUCUUCUAUUUCUUUCUGACUGACUAGAGGGGAGCUUUUUCUUACAGCACCUAAAAAUGUUGUUUCAGAUUAAUAAUAAGUAUGCACCUACAAGUGAAAACACUUACCAAUAAUCACAUCCUUUACGUUUAAGUUUUUAAAAGCCUUUUUCUCACCUCGUUUGCCACAAAAAUUCCAAUUAGUUGCAAGAGAAUAAAUGAACAAAAAAUUUAAAAUGCGGUUUGUAUGUCCAGUAAAAUCUCUCCCUCCAAAAGUCGAUAGAUAUGCCGACUGGAAUCACAUAAUUUAAAUUGUAAAAUACAUAUUAAGUGGUACAGAACACCCACCAAACCGCCAAACAACUUUUUGCUGCCGUCCGCCAUUACGCGCACACGCGUUCACACCAGCAGUCCAGCACGCAUGCGCCUGCACGUCUCGUAUCGUAUCGUGGCAUUUCGAUUAAAAUCGCGCCAAAAUUAAAUCUUGGUCGACAGCCUCGACAGGAAUCGAUGCUAAAAAUAAUUGUUUCCUACUAAUAAAAUAGUUAAAUAAUUGUUAAUUACAACAUUCUCACUUCAUCUUUAAAUUCAAAUUGCAUUUCCACUUAAAACGUCAGUUUAGUAUUUUCAUUGCUAAUUAAUGAAUUUAUAUUUAUAUCCAAAUUUUAGGUAAACAACAAUUUAAAAUGUACAAUUUUUUAUAAAGCACGUAUAGGGCUUAGUUUUUGUAAUAAACUUUCGUUCUAAUUUUUUUUAUAGUUGAUUAAAAAGCACUUAAAACGACCGAAAACAAACGUACGAAAGACGUCUCUAGACGACGUCAAAAUGACAUCUGAAAUGUCACGUCAUAUGGACGUCGCUUAUUGGUCUACGACGUCGCCGACUAAUAAUGUCCAAUAAUUGACGUCAUUAUAACGACACUGUGCUGCUUGGGAAGUUGUCAAAAUAUUAGAAAAUAUUUACAAAAUAAAGAAGAAACGAAAAUAAUGGGAAUAGGAAAAACUAUGAAUUUAUCGACUCGAUUCGGUUUAAAACAUUUUGGUUUCUAAUCUUCUGGUGUGUCCUGAUUAUUCCAUAACGAGCAGGAUCCUGAUGAUAAAAUUUGAUUCUUUAUUCUAUUAAAUUAGUUUUCACCUUACAAUUUCGGAAAAUAUAAUAAUAUAGGUACUGCAAAAGUUAUUAGAAUCAAACAAGCUCUAGACAACAAAAAAAUAACAAUGGAAACAACGUUCAUACUAAAAAUCACGUGUUAGAAAGAUGCCUCGAGCAUAACAUUGAAAUAUAAAUGCUAUUCAUCGAUUUCAAACAAGCAUUCGACAGUAUAAAAACUGUUAGUACCACAAGAGUUAGUAGUACUUGUAAAAAUGACUAUGGAAUCUCGGGGCAACGGUGUUGAUAAAAAGACUAUAUGACCAAAAAAAAAUGGUGGAGGAUGUACGGAAAAAAUGUUUAGAAAUGAACCGAAAUUAUGAGAAUAUAAUAGAAAAACUCAUUGGAUAAACGAAGCAAGAAAUAACGAAUAUCGAAAACUUAUGAUCUAUGAAAUUAACAAUAUUGUGAACACAAUUAAAACAGAAAAAAUCACGUGGUAGACCCACAUUAAGAUCAUGGGAAAACGACAGGAAGAUCAAAAAUCAAAUGGAAAAUCAGAUACUACAAGGAAGAUCAAAAAGUAAAUGAAACAAUCAGAUUUGCAAACGAGUAACAGACCGAUGCAAGACAAAAAUAAAUGUAGAACAAUAAUUAGACAACGUUUAAAAUUCCCAAAUAUAGAUCUAAAUAUAUAAUAUCCACUGGUGACUGGUUAAUACAGCGACGAAUAUUGAAUUACAUCUCUUCCGAAGAAGAUGAUGUCCAUCGACAUUAUUAUCAAUAUCAUCAACAUUAAUGGCUCGUAUUUACAUACAUUUCUAUUCAACAAGAAGAAAAAUGUUUUAGAAUUAACGUCAAUUAUUCAAAAUGUCAUUUCGAUUAUACUAAAUCCAAGAAAUUGGAUCAGUUUCCGAAAGACGAAGAACUGGAAGACCCGGACCAACAAGAUGUAUUUGCGUAUUGAUUUGCUUUAUUAGAAAAAUAAUUCGUAACGCUAAAUUAUGAUUCAAAACAAUACCAUUAACACCUGUGCAUAGGUGACAAAAAUUAGCUCGGAAACAUGGACCCUUAGCUCAUUUUGAUUGGUUAUAAAAAAAGGUUUUCAAAGGAUCUUCAUCUACCAAUAUCGCCUGAUUGAACUCUUAUAAAGCAAGCUUGGGAUUAGUUACAAAAAGUUCUUGACGACCAAAAAUCAUACAAGAUAGAAGAUUUAUUGGAUCAAUUUGUUGAAAACGUGCCAAGAAGAUAUCCUUCAAUGGUAUCUACAAAUAGGGAUCGUGCAGAAUUAUUCUCUACAAACCAACGAAUUCCGGGUAUAUCAAAUGUGCCGCGCCUUCGCCGAAUUUUUCUACAAUCGUACGGGACCGGCUCCAGACCUCAUAGGAGUAGGAGAUGAACAUAAAUUUAAUAAAUUAGCUUCAUACGGAGAUUUUCUUUUUGAUUGUUUAUAUGACUACGUUCAUAUUGAGCGAAAAAGGUUAUAUUUUACUAAAAUAAAACACUCUAAUUGAUGCUAAACGAUGGAGAGAAACAGCAAACGUUUAUUUAUUAUAAAAAAACUAUUAAUUUGUAUUGUUUCCAGUGUAUUUUCACUGCAAUCUGUUACUUUAUUUUUACGUGGAUCAAAACAAAAAAGGCGACGGCUACACUGGUUUGUCUGCAGACAUUUUCGGUAUUCUUUUUUUGAAAAUAAUAAAUAGUAAACGUUUGCCAAUUGAAACGAGUCAAAUCUCGUAUUAUUUCGACUUUCUUCGUAUCCUUAAAACGAAAAUAUUCAAGCGGGUAAAUAUUUAAUUAUUCAAAUCACUCAAUUUUCGUAUUCUCAUUAUUUUUAUAAAUACGAAAUUUUAAAAAGUAUAAUAAUAAAGUGAAUAGAUGUUAUCGUCCCGAUCCAUACGAUCACUCUGUGUAUAAACAAUUAGCUAGUCUGUUAGAAUAUAGGCAAACAUAUCCGAAAAUCAAAAUGCGAAAUACAAUAAAUGUUUUUAACGUAAAAAAUGUGGUUUAGUACAAAUAUCCAACUUUGUUUUUAUACAUAGUGAAAAUGAAAGUUUUCAACGUUGGCAAUAAUAUUUAGAAUAAAAAAAAAUAAUUAGAGCGUAUUUUAUUUAAUAGAUUCAUAGUUCGGUAGAAAUAUUUGUUACUCAUAUAGAAAUCCGAUAAAUUUGAUCAAUGAAUUAUGAAAAUAUCAUAUUGCUUGAAGUUAAUACAUUAAUUUACCUAAUUUUAAUUAUAUAACGCAUAUCAUUACUAUAAAUAUUCUUUAAAAUAUAUUUUUUUUUUAAUUUGAGCUAAGAUAAAAUUGAUAUUACGAACUAACACGACGAUAAAAUUGGAGAGACAAACAUAGUCCAGUGAACAACGGUAAAAAUAUGGUAUCACCUCAGAAUUUCAUCGAGACGCAUGAAAUUUUGGAAUUAACUUCUAUUAACCCUUCACCACAAAAUCUAACCUAUGCAAAUAAGUGCAAAUUAUUAUAUGAGGUGAAAACUACCCCUUAUUAUCAAAAAAUAAAAGUUAAAGCAUUUAGAAAGUUAAAAAGAAUAUAUUUAUAGGAUUAAAAUAAAGAUAGCAUGUUGUUUUAGGAUACUAUUUGUGUUUUCAACCCUUAAUCAAUGUAUUUCAACCCGUAUUAUAUCCUUAUAAACGUAAAAAGUCUCCUUUCACAAAAUCAGAUGUUGCCAGUACCAUAUAUGCCUUAUUUAUAAUCUGUUUGUUAAAUUUUGAGCUAGGAAAGCGAUUUUGUAGGAAAAUACAUAAUCUGUUAGGAUAAAAGGGUUUGAAAUACAUUGAAUCCUUUAUUUUUAAAAGGGAAACGUUCAAAGGACUCCAAAACGGUAUCAGUCACACGCUACUAACAACUUUGAAAGGUUAUAUCUCGGUUAAUUCUUAACCUACCAUUUAAACUUUUCGUUAAAUUAAAUUUCCAAAAUAACCUUCAAGUUCAAACGAAUCAAUGACUUCUUUGAGAUUUUGCCAAUUCUCUUAAUUUUAUCAAUGUGUACAAUAUUACUUUGAAUGUAUAUACCUCAAAUUGUAAAUGCAAUAAAGUUUUAACCAAA